AGACAAUGAUGAAUAGAAACGUCUCAUAUUAUAAUGUCGGGUUCAUCCACGACAAGUCUUUUGUUAAUGCAAUUCUGGUUGCGUGUAUCGGCCGAAAUCUUGCUGCUUCUACCACGUGCUUUUACAUCGGUGUUCGGUCUGAACUGUUUACAAACAACUUUACUAUCUAAUCUUAAAAUAAAAUAAAUAAAGGGAUACCAGAUUUUGUGACUUCCUCCUCAAGAUCCCAUACCGGUAGGCUGGAUUUUCUUCUAUUACGUUCCUUUGGAUCUUUUGAAAUUUGAAGUGCACCAUGGUAUUAUCCCCCAAAGAAGGCGCAAAAAUUAUUGCAUCUAAGGCGAAACAUGUGAAAAUCAAGGAAGAAGGCAUAAACAAAUUGGGAGAUGUUAUUGUAGAAGAAAUAACUUCUGGACAACUGUCACCAGACAAUUUCAGCCAAGUAGAAGUUCAUCCUUCUCCAGAUGAACCAUGGGCUUUGGAUUGGUUGUUUGUAGUAGAUACUCUCAACUUUUGCUUCUGGCAUAAUGAAAAUGAUGAAGGUUGGGUAGUUGAAGGAUAUACAGGGUACUUUGCUCUAUGCGCUGCAAUCAAUAGGGCUAUCAAAGAGAAGGUGGAUAUUACAAAUCCAACAUUUUACAGUGCUAUCACUGAAAAGCAACUGACAAAUAUUUUGAGAAGUGAUUCUAAAGUUAAAUGCCCUCUUAUACCAGAUAGAGUAAAAUGUUUGCAUGAAGUUGGCAACGCCUUAUUGGAAAAAUUUGAUGGAUCCUUCAAGAAUGUGGUCAAGCAGUGUAAUAACAGCGCCGAAAAGUUAUUGCAGCUGAUUGUGAAUAACUUCAGUUGCUUCAGGGAUGAGGCUGAGUAUCAGGGUGAAAAGAUUGGCAUUUAUAAAAGAGCACAGAUAUUGAUUGGAGAUAUUUGGGCGUGUUUCAAGAAUAAAGACAUAGGUUAUUUUGAAGAUAUUGACAAAAUAACUGCCUUUGCAGACUACAGAGUUCCACAGACCUUGCUUUGGUUUGAAGUAUUUCAAUAUUCCAAGGACUUGAAUGAAAAAUUAAAAAGUAAUGUAAUAUUGAAGAAUGGUGAUGAAGAAGAGGUUGAAAUCCGCGCUUGUACUGUACAUGCAGUAGAACUCAUAAAGGAAUAUGUUAAUAAGAAGCUGGAUGAUAAGAAAGCAAAUUCUAUUCUCAUUGAUCAUUUUUUGUGGGAUUUUAGGAGACGCUAUUCUAAGGAGGUAUUGGAAAAAGGCCUACCAUUUCACAAAACUUUGAGCAUAUAUUAUUAAAAUUCACAUUGUAUUUAGAACCGGGGUGUACUGUGUCAGUUUUUGUUCAGUUACAGGUAUUUGUAGUGCAGUGUUAAAAAAUCUAUGUACUUGAAGUAGUAAAACAGUGAAACUCAUAUCAAGAAUAAAAUAUGUUAUCAGUCUUGGCCAAUAAAGUAAAAAAAAAUACA